AUGACUAUGUGGAUGUUUUGGACUUUUAUUUGCUUGGCUCUUGGACAAUUAACUCAUUCAUGGCCAGCAAAUGAUCAACGCUUUCGACUCCGUACAGUAUUAGGCACAGCUGAAAUGAUAGAUGAGUCACGACUCAGCUUACGUCAACAACUCAGAUCAAUGAACAACAACGAUGAAGACAAUGAUGAUCGUAAUUUUGUUCUUGAUUUCAAGCGUCGAGGUCCCAGCAACGAAUAUAAACAACAAGCAUUCAAGCUAACAAAUGAAGCACGUGCACAAGGUCGUUCUUGUGGUGACACUUGGUAUCCCGCUGCAACAGAACUCACGUGGAAUGAUAAAUUGGGCGACGCCGCACAAGGACACGCCGACAGCAUGCUUAAUAAUAACUAUUUUUCUCAUACAGGCGCAGAUGGAAGUAGUUUUGUGGAUCGUAUAGAAAAUGCAGGCUAUCCAAGAAAUUGUGCCACUGCCGAAAAUAUUGCUGGCAAUCAAACUCCUGAGGCAACAGUUGCUGCUUGGCUCAAAAGCUCUGGACACUGUGCCAAUAUUAUGAGCAAAGAUUCUACGGCAAUUGGCAUUGGAUACGCUGAAGGUGGCCGUUACGGUGGAUAUUGGGUUCAAAAUUUUGGCAGUUGCUAA